AUGGCACACACACCUUUGCUAGACCCGCGCAGAGCUGCGUGCCCGGAUUAUUCCUCGGAGGCAUAUGCCGCGUGCAGGAACACCCUCAUCCAGGGCGGCAUGGAAGAGGCCGCGGCUGUGGAAUUCCUCGUCAAGAUGUGGGAAACGCAAAAUGUCGCCGACAUCGCCAUUUGGGACGCUAGGGAGGCCGAGCGACAGGCGGCGACGGCUGAAAAUGACCGCAUUUGCCGGGAGGCAGAGGCCGCAGCCGAGGCGAUGCGCGUCCAAGAGAUUGAGGCGGCCGACAAGGAAGAGAGGAAGAAGAAUAGGGCAAAGUUCUUACCUAUUGGGGAUGGUCAUGUGCCUGACACCAUGCCUAUCAUUGUACCAGCGGCUAUUACAGCCAAGCUGCGCGCUGGACACAGAGUUGAUUUGUGGCACUACACCAACGCGGGGUUGCUGCACGCCUCGGCGGACCUCGAUGCGGAGUCGAACAGAGCUGGUUCAUUUGUGGCCGCACCGGACGGCACUGUGGAGUUUCGUCCUACGCUAGCAGCAGCAAGUUCCUGCGCUGUCAUUCAGGACCGUGAUCUUUCUAUGGAAGACUUCAUGGUGGCGACGUAUCGGCUUCUGGCGGCCAUGAAGGAGGCAGGGUGGCCGAAGGAUCGUGUACGCAUGUUUGCGGACUUUUGGAACAACAUCAACAAUCACCCUCGUCGUGUCUCGCGCGACCCUCGAGACGUGCGUGCUCUUUUACUCUACCAGGACGAGCAGCGCACCCAGUGGCACAAUAUUACCGCGUCAGCCACGGGCGCUACCUAUGAUCUGUCGGUCAUCAAUGAGGUUCGCCUUGACGAGGCUUUUAGGACCAUAUGCACCGCUGGCUACGACAGAGAAAUUCGGUGA